CAAGCAGUGCCAGUUUGUCAGCAUUUUGUUCUGUUGUCUGCCUCCAUUCAUGUGCGGCAUAUGCUUUUACUAGCAGAAGAUGACUGGGCGCCCCAGGGUCAAGUGGCUAUUAAAAGAAGAUCCAGAGUCCCUGGAGUUAUGAUAACACAGUUUGUGGAAGAAGUACCAGAGGGCAUGUCCACCCCCGACUUCACCCGCAAGCCCAUCGCUUUGACGAUCCAAGAGGGUAAAUUAGCCUUUUUCAAAAGUAUGGUAAGUGGAGUGCCUAAACCAAACAUCACCUGGGCCAGGAACAAAGGCCCGCUGGAUGAUCCAGUGAAGUAUAUCAGCAGAUAUGAUGAGACUAUGGAAGAAUAUUUUCUUGAGAUACCCAAUGUAAGAGCAGAACAAGCUGACACCUACAAAUGUUUUGCCGCCAAUGAAUAUGGAAGAGCAGUUUGCACUGCCACCUUGAAUGUUAUUGAGGUUGGAUUCAAGAAGAAAGCGACAACAGGUCCAAAAAGAGCGGCACCAGAGGAUUUCAGAAAAAUGCUUAAGAGGAAGGUUGUACGAACUAAACCACAACUAAAGAAGAAGGAGGGAGAGAUUGAUCCAAAGUUCUGGGAGGUGUUGCUGAGCUCACCUAAGAAGGACUACGAGAAGGUCUGUAUGGAGUAUGGAGUCAGUGACUUCCGCUGGAUGCUGAAGCAGCUGAACUUAAAGAAGAAAGAGAGAGAGGAGGAACAGGCAAAGGUUGUUGAAAAACUUGAAAAUCUUAAACAUAUUGAGGUGAAAACAGAUGGCUCAGCAGAGUUUGAACUGGACAUGGAACUGAAGAAUCCCAACAGUCAGGUUUUCCUAUUCAAGGAUGGGGUAAUGGUUCCCUAUUCUGACGACGGCAGCGGGAAGCACAACCUAAACAAAAUUGGCAAAAAGUAUAUCUUUAGCAUCAAUGACCUGAUGCCAGACGACGCUGGGUUGUACCAGGUGGACGUUGAGGAUGCCAAUUGUUUCUCAACUGACUUUAAGAUUAUACCAGUGAAGUUUGUUGUCAAGAUUCAGGAGGUGAAGGCUAAGGAGAGAGAGGAUGCCAUGUUUGAGUGUGUCUUGUCCCACCCCUUCCAAAAGAUUGUGUGGACUGGAAAGAACAUCCCUCUCGAACAAGGAGACAAGUUUGACAUUACUGUGUCAGACGACCACCUCAUUCACAGCUUAAAAGUGAAAGAUUGUGCCCAAGUCGACAAAGGAGUCUACACUGCCAUGGCUGGCAUUACCUCCUGCAACGCUUGGCUUAUUGUGGAAGCCGAUAAUGACCCAAACAUGCGUGGGGGAAAAGCGUCCCGUAAAACCACCACGGCUGGUGGUGGAGGAGAGAACCUGGCUAAGAUAGCCGCAGAGCAGUCAGCUAAGCUGCAGAAGGAAAAGGAUGACCUGGAUGCAGCAAGACGGGCCCAAGCAGAGAAGGAUGCUGCGGAUGCAGCCAGACGGGCCCAAGCAGAGAUGGACCCUGCGGAUGCAGCCAGACGGGCCCAAGCAGAGAAGGAUGCUGCGGAGGCAGCCAGACGGGCCCAAGCAGAGAAGGAUGCUGCGGAUGCAGCCAGACGGGCCCAAGCAGAGAAGGAUGCUGCGGAUGCAGCCAGACGGGCCCAAGCAGAGAAGGAUGCUGCGGAUGCAGCCAGACGGGCCCAAGCAGAGAUGGACCCUGCGGAUGCAGCCAGACGGGCCCAAGCAGAGAAGGACGCUGCGGAUGCAGCCAGACGGGCCCAAGCAGAGAAGGAUGCUGCGGAUGCAGCCAGACGGGCCCAAGCAGAGCAGGACGCUGCGGAUGCAGCCAGACGGGCCCAAGCAGAGAAGGAUGCUGCGGAUGCAGCAGGAGCCGGAGCAGGUGCCGGAGAGGGGGAUGGAGAAGGACAUGGAGGUAAAGGUGUUCAAUUCCUUAAUGGACUGGCUGAUAUUACUGGCAGCCUGGGGGAAACAGCAGAACUGUCCUGCAAACUGAGCCAUGAGAACUGUGAGGGAGUCUGGCUUAAAGACGGGAAACUACUAACCGAUGAGGAUGGGCUGAAAAUCAUCCAAGAUGGAGCCAGUCACAAGCUGGUAAUUGAAAGCUGUAAAAAAGACGAUGCAGGAGUCUAUUCAUUUGAGGUGGAUGGUCAUAAAUCUGAGGCAAAGUUCACUGUUUCAGAUCCAGGUGCUCAAUUUGUUGGAUGCGGACUCUCUGAUAUUGAAGUUAAAUUUGAUGAAACAGCAGAGCUGUCCUUGACACUAAGCAGUCCGACUGUUGAGGGGUUCUGGUAUAAAGACGGGAAAGAGGUACCUCGUGGUGACAGGGUGAAAAUCAUCAAAGAAGGAGCUAGUCACAAGCUGGUCAUUGAUAACUGUAAAAAAGACGAUGCAGGAAUCUACCACUUUGAGGUGGAUGGUCGUAAAUCCAAGGCAACGCUCACUGUGCAGGGUGCUCAAUUCAGCAUUGGACUGUCUGAUGUCGACGUUAAGCUUGACGCAACAGCAGAGCUACUCUGUGAAGUGAGCAGUCUAAACAUUGAGGGGGUCUGGUAUAAACAUGGAAAACAGGUAACUCCUGAUGACAGGGUGAAAAUCAUCACAGAUGGAGCCUGUCACAAGCUUGUCAUUGAUUGCUGUCGAAAAGAUGAUGGAGCAGUCUAUCGCUUUGAGGUCGAUGGUCGUAUAUCAGAGGCCACACUCACUGUUCAGCCUGUUCAAUUCAUUUUGGGAGUGGCUGAUGUCCAAGUUCAAAUCUGCACACCAGCAGAGCUGUCCUGCAAACUGAGCAGUCCAAACUGUAAGGGGAUCUGGUAUAAAGACGGAUUUCAGGUACCUCCUGAUGACAGGGUGAAAAUCAUCAAAGAAGGAGCCUGUCACAAGUUGGUCAUUGAUAACUGUAAAAACGACGAUUCAGGAGUCUAUCUCUUUGAGGUUGAUGGUCGUAUAUCUGAGGGAUCACUCACUGUGCAGAACCCGCCAACAUUCAACAUGGAUUCUCUGAGAGAAUUCUCUAAGCCGGUCAUUGUGAGAGCAUGUGAAACGGCUGAGUGGAAAUUGGCCUUUUCGGGUGGUGACCCAAUGAAGAUCAAGUGGAUCAAGGAGGAUGAGGAACUCCUGGAAGGCCUCAAUGUCAAGAUAGAACAGACUGACAUAAAAGCCGGCUUGUGUAUUACCGAUUGUCAAAGGAGGAACUGUGGAGAGGUCAAAAUCAAUAUAAAAAAUGACUAUGGUACAUUGGAAGCCACAUCCAGACUGAUUGUUCUUGACAAACCCACACCUCCACAAAGACCUGUGGAAAUUGUGGAAGCUUCUCUAACCGCCAUUGAAUUCAAAUGGAAACCCCCAAAGGAUGACGGUGGCUGUCCAGUCAAACACUACAUUUUGGAGCGCCAGCAGGUGGGGGGAAGCAAGACAUGGACAAAUGUAGGGGAGCUCCCAAAUGACCCCCUUAAAUACAGGGAUACUAAUGUAAAGCCUGGGAAAAGAUACUGUUACCACAUCAGAGCCAAGAAUGAGGAGGGAGUCAGUGAUGCGUUUGAGACAGAGGACAUCCAGGCUGGCAUAUUGUGUUACCCAGGACCCCCUUCGGCACCCAAAGUGGUCAGUGCCUUCAAGGACUGCAUCAACCUGGUUUGGUCUACCCCUACCAACACUGGAGGAACUGAAAUUUGGGGUUACAACCUUGAGAGACGCAAGAAGGGAAGCAACCUUUGGAGCCCUGCAAACCUAGACGGGCCUAUCAAAGACACAACGUUUGCAUUGAAAGAUGUUAUUGAGGGAGCUGCUUAUGAAUUUCGAGUGUCAGCUAUUAACAUCUCUGGUGUCGGCGAGCCCAGUCCUCCCUCUGUUAUAGUCUUUGCCAGAGAUCCCAAGAAACCCCCUGGUAAAGUCAUAGACCUAAAGCUAACAGAUUCCAGUUACACCACAUUUUCUCUGGCUUGGACUAAACCAAAGGAGGUGGAAGGGGUGGAGGAUGAGGCCAAAGGCUACUUUGUGGAGAUCAGACCAAAUGAGAGCCCAGAGUGGACUCGCUGUAACAUCAACCCCAUCAUCUCCACCUCCUUCAAUGUGAUUGGCCUGAAGGCAAUGGGAAUGUACUGGGUGAGAGUGAUCGCCACAAACGAUGGAGGCGAGGGCGAGCCCCAAGGCUUUGAUAAUUACAUCAUCGCCAUGCCUCCUCCUGUGAGGCCAAAAUUUACAGGAAAAAUGAAGAGCUUCAUGGUUGUGAGAAAGGGGAAUACUGUACGGUUCAACAUAAACUUUGAGGCCUCUCCUUUGCCAGAUAUCUAUUGGCUGAAGGACUGCGUGCCUGUGUCCAAACGUGUCACCAUCACCAACUCUGACAGAGGUUCACAGCUUCUGAUCCCCACGUCAGAGCGCUCUGAUACGGGCAUCUUUACCAUCAUUGUCAAGAACAUGGUCGGUCAGGAGACCUUCAGUGUCGAGAUCAGAGUCACAGAUGAUCCCAAGCCUCCUGGCCCGGUGGAGUUGGAACAGAAUGUUCCUGGAACAGUGACUGUGACCUGGACUCCCUCCCCAGAUGAGAAGAAGGAUGACAGGCUGCACUACAUUGUGUACAAACGUGACUCUGUCAAGCGCACCUGGAGGAUGGUCGCUGACAGCCUCUUCAACCAUAAGUUCACAGUUAUCAACAUUCUACCCGGCAGAGAGUAUAACUUCAGAGUGUUUGCUAAGAAUGACAUGGGCCUCUCAGAACCUGCUGUGUCCCCUACAUGGAGAACCACAAGGAGAAAAGAUAAGUUCAUAUUGGACAUGCCAGACGUAAAGGGCUUGGACCUUCAGUGUCCACCAUCGUUUUUACUCCGAUUGAAAAUCCGCACCGCUCCACCAGGCUACGAGUGCUACAUGAGCUGUGCUGUACGAGGGGAUCCAAAACCCCAUGUCACAUGGUACCACAACAACGUCAGCCUCAACACCAACACCAACUACCUUAUCACCAACGUGUGUGGGGUCUGCACAAUGCUCAUAUUGAAGAUCGGACCCAAGGACAGUGGUGACUACAGUGUCAUCGCAGACAGUCCCUUGGGCAGGGCAGAGUGCUCCACCAAGCUCACAGUCAGAGAGUGAAGAGUUCACCCAGAUGAUUGAUUGGCAGCAGCUGGCAACACAAACUUAUGUAUUGACCUAUCAUAGUCUUCAAAUAGGUGUUGUGUGUGUGUGUGUGUGUGGUGGCUCAGAUGCCCUUUUUCUUUAGUCAAAAUGGUACACUCUUAGAAUUCUAUGUGCUCACAUGCAAUGUGUCCUUCUAUUUAUUCUAGUUGUUAAAACAUUGCAAAGCAUGAAAUGAACAUGACAAGACAAACACAUAUCACUAACUUUUGCGAAA